UCAAGAUAUUAUCCGCCAAGAUCCUUUGAUGACAUUAGUAUAAGCUGUCUUAUAGAGCUUGGGAAAUUAAGAAGAAAAGAAUUUAGGAAGUUAGAAGUAUUAGGAGGGAAGCAAUAAUUAAAAUGGCUACUCACUUAGGCCAGUCGAAUCAGUCGAAACUUGCUUCCCAAGGGCAGGUGAAGGAUGGAGGAGGAGGAAAUUUAGGAGAGGAACAGCUGUUGUUAAAUAUUAAACAGCUAGACCUCCUACACGUGAAGUGUCGAGAGCUACGAACUACAAUUCAACGAAUGCUAGAGGCUAUUCCAACUGGGACUACUACUCCUGAGGAAGUCCACGAAACCUUUCUAAAGUCGGUGGUCACGGCGGACGCUGAGAUCAAGGACUUCGGCACUCUUUACAAUAGCGAGGAGACUAAGAAGGUGCUAGACCAGGCGAAGAAGAGCCGCGAUGCGAAUCCCAAGGGAAUCAAACCGUGGCGGGCAAAAGAUCACCCCGACUGGCUGGACGUAGCUCGAUAGACCUCCUAUUCUGAGUUCUUAAUUCCUGGCCGAUAGAGGAUGGUAUUACGAGUUACUUGAAGUGUCU